AUGUCGAACAUGCACUUUUUAGUCGGCUACCGGACCGACAAGUAUGUGGUCCUGGCAUCAGACAAGACGGCUUUUGCAUUUGGAGCUUUAAAUGUAUCUCAAGGUAAGGUUCAUAUCAAUUAUAAUAUAUUUUGGGUUUAGAUUCUAACAAGGAAUUCCAACUGGGAGAUAAACUGUUCAUGACAGCCAUUGGAGAAGCUGGAGAUGUAGACAAUUUCGGCGAUUGGGCCAAAAGAAACAUCUACUUGUACAAACUGAGACACAACUACGAAUUGAGUCCGAAGUCUGCUCAUCAUUGGCUUAGGAAGAACAUUGCCGACAAUCUAAGAAGCGAGGACUUCUGGAGAGUCGACAUUCUCGUGGGAGGCUACGACGAUGUGAACAACAAGGCUUACCUGGGAUCAGUCGAUUACUUGGGUACUAGUUUGUCCAAUCAAGUAAGUAGCCUCAACUUAUUACUUGAAUUAUAUUAUAUAAUAAUAUUGGAAUUCGUUACCUAAAAUACAAAAUAUUUUAGCUAAUUUAAUUGCUUUUAGGAUUACUUGUUCAGAGGGUUCAGCGGUCGUUUGUGUUACGCUAUUAUGGAUGCCGUUUACGACAAAGGUAAGCUUAUUUGUAAUAUAUUUAUUUUCUUUAACAUCAAUUUGUUAUAAUCUGUGAACUGUUGUAUAUUGUAGUAUAAAAGGUCUAAAUUUGUAGAUGCUUCGGUUGAGAAAGCAGUGGAGAUCGUGAAAAAGUGUUUAGAGGAAGCCAAGAAAAGAUUCAUUGCCAAUCUUCCCAAGUUCUCGGUUCUUGUAAUCGACAAAGACGGCGCUCGACAUCUCGACGACAUUACUUUGUGAAUAAGUUAUAAUAUUACUAAACUUAAAUAAAUUUAAAUCUUAUUUGGCUUUUAAAUUUUGUUGUAGACCUAAAAGGGGCCCACAGGCCGAGGCCUGAAAUGAAACCCACCCUUUAACUUUCUAAACAGAUAUUAUUUAUUACCUAAUAUCUUCUUGUUCUCAACUUAUGACGUUUUAGUUAUAGAAUUGUGAUAUCGAGACAUGAACAUAAUGAUUUCCCAAAGUAUCAGGUAAAGUAAACAGAGAUAUGUAUUUUAUCUUUACAUCGACACGAAUUACGUUAAUCUGUAUUCGCAACAUUUAAUAUAACUAUAAUAGUAAAGUCAGAGAUGGCACGGGACAAUUCUUUCCCUCCAAAAAAUAUACGUAAGAUACAUUUUUGGUUUGAUGGAGAACUGAAUUAAUGGUAUUAUGCGUUUUUUACUAGUCGUAACACUAUGUCUGAAGGUUUCUAGCAAUGUGUACUUCAGUGACGAUGUGUUGUUUAGCUUUGUCACUGAACGUAACGGUCGGAUCGAAGAUGAAGGGAUCAACACAAACGACCUUGUUCCAAUCGUUACGUCAGAUAAUGAACUAUUGAGAUGUCUAAUGCCCACCAUUAACAGUAAAGUAGGUUUUUGAAAAAUUAGAAGAACAUCCUGUAUAAUGUAUUAAUAUUACAGCCGUUGGAUCGAAUGGAAGCUUAUGUCGGUCCAACUCCAAGCGAACUGAUAACGGGAAUAUACACAGACAAAGCGUGUUUGAUUCGCAUUGAAUCUUACUGGGUGUAUGAGAUUUGUCAUGGGAGAUACAUUCGUCAAUUUCACGAAGAAAAAGAUACGAAACAGUUGAGCGAAUACUUCCUUGGCAACUAUGGUAUGUUGUUAUACCUUGCAUUCUUCUUAUAUUUACAACUGAUUACAAUAAUAAGUUUAGCUGAAGGUGCAAAUGAGGCAGAAGCAGUAGAUCCAAGUAAUCCGCCCAAACAAGACUUUAACGGAAGGAGCCAGGCGUAUUAUCCAGUAGUAUAUAAUCAUGGAACGGCUUGUGAUUUGACUGGCCAGCCAAGGAUCACUACGGUGAACUACAUCUGUGCUGAGGUAAAUUAUAUUAUUUUACUAUAUUUUCUUCUUUUAGGAGGGAGUUGAUGUGUUUUACUCUCUGACGGAGAUCAGUACCUGCGUGUACGAAGCUGUAGUGGGGAUCAACGAAUUGUGUGCCCAUCCCAUGUUCAAGGUACAAGCUCCUGUAGAGAAUCCGAUCAGAUGUUUUGCUGCUCCAGAAGUCAAAGUUCCCGAGCCCAAGGCCCUUCGAGCGUUCAAUGCUGAACUGUCUCGAAAACAUAUGCUUCCUCUGAAGGUUGGAAGAGGUCCUAUGACCCAAAAGACGCCCGAGGCUACUGUUCUUGAAGAUAUCUACCAACUAUUCCAAGCCAAUCCCGAACAGAAGAUUAAAAAGUUGUUGGACAAGCAUUUGAACAAGGAACAAUUCACACAAACGUCUCAAGAAGCCGAGGACUCGACCGCGAUGGACGAGUUCUGGAAAGGAAAAGCUUGCUUAUAUGGGGGAACCGGCUGGUGGAAGUACGAAUUUUGUUACGGUCAUUCUGUAAGUUACAAAUAAAACAAAUUUUGCAGACUUAAAAGCUGAUAUGGUCUAGCUGUUUUUAGAGUUCCGCAUUUAUAUUACGUUCUAUCCUUCUUUAAGGUUGCCCAAUAUCACGAAGAAAAAGGUAAAAAGACAACCAAGGUGAUGCUGGGAUACUUUGACCGAGAAGUCCAUAAAGAAUGGGCGGAGUUAUCGCCGGGCCAAGCUCGCAAAACAAGCGAGGGGAAGGUCUACCAGGUGUCCAUGUUUUACUCCAGAGGCGACAUAUGUAAAGAAACCAACAGUUUAAGGUAAUAUACGAAAUGACCCUUUAAACAAUUUGCAGGACUUGUGAGGUGAAGUUGACAUGCCGGAAAGAUGACGUAGACAAGGAGAAGAUAACCAUUUAUCUACUCGAACCAGACACUUGCCAAUACGUUUUGGUAGUGGAGUCUCCUUUGUUCUGUGAUCCGAUUCAAAAGGCGGACAAGCUAGGUCUGUUUCCUAAUCCAGUUAGGUUAGACAAGGAAAACACAUACAACUCGGGUCAUAUUGAAUUGUAA